AUGAUGAAAUUAUGGCUCAUAUGGAUUCGUUUGCCGCUCGUGAGGCACGUGCUCCCGGGGAAGGCCACCUCCUUGUACGAGCAGGCCCUGGAGCAGGAGCUGAAGAGGGCCCACCGCGGCCCGGGCGCGCAGCUCGCGGGCGCACUGGCGCUAUCGCUUCUGUACGCGGUCAUGUGCGUGACUACCAUCUGGGAACAGAUGCCGGCGCCGCUGUUCGCCUGGGCCAUCACCUUCUGCGUGAAAGCCGUGUGGCGCCUCAGCGGCAUGAAGCAGGCGGGUCUGGUCAACAUCGUGUUCCAGAUGCUGCUGCCAGUGGUCCUCUUCUUCUCAGGUUCCUUAAUCGAGAACUUCGGUUUCAGCUCCCUGCUCCUGUCCAUGAUCAUCUUCACGCACGUCAUGCACACCGUCAAGGUCUUCUGCUGGUUCGUGGCGCGGCUCGUGCUGCCCAGGGGCUCCCCGCUCGGCUUCGACCGCAUCGUGCACCUCCUGUACGACUUCAGCCUCAGCUACCAGCUCCAGGUCUACGCCGCCGUCGCCGUGCUGGCCAUGCAGGCGCUCUGCGAGCUGCUGCUGUGGCUGCUGGACCUGCCGUGCCUGCGCCUGCGCACCUGGGCGCUGCUCAACCGCCGCGUCGCCGACGGCUGCGUCGCCGGGCUCUACGGCGGCGCCCCGCCCGCGGACGCGGCGGCCGCCCUGGCGGGGCCUCGGGCCUGCGCACCGUCGGCGCUGGCAGCCCGCCUCUGGCGCAGGGUGGCCGCGGCGUCUCCCGAGGCGGCCGCCCCCGGGGCCCCGGCGGGGGGGGGGCGCGCGAGGCCGAGCGAGGCGUGA